AUGCCGCGUGUCUGCCGGGCAUGCGCAGUUGGUGGUGCUGGGACCUGGAUGGCCGGUGUGGGGACGCUGCAGUUGUAGAGGCGAGGGAGAGGGGCCAUGGAGCCCGCCUGGCGACAGGCUGGUCGGGGCCGCGGGCGAGGACGUGGGAGAGGCAAAACAAGCGCCGACCAAGUGCCCGGGACCAAAGGAGCAUCGCAGGCCGGCAGGAGCGAUGUCAGGCCCGCAAAUGGAAGGGGCUGCAGUCUUAGCACCGCCGCCAUCACCAGGUCAAGGAGUCAGCCUGACGCAAGCAAUGAGCUAUCAUCACUGAAAAGAUUUGAAGAAAUCCGUAAGGCUAAUCAAGCUGCAGUUCACAGGUUUGCUGAUGAAGACACUUCCUCUGAGGAAGAAGGAGGAGAUGAUUUUGAGAAUCAGCGAGGGAAAAUUGUUGCAUCAACAUUUACUUCAUAUUCAGAUCAUAUAGGCGAGGAGUCUUCCAGAGAACUGGAACGUACAAAACAAUAUUUGAAUGACGCAUUUCAGUCAGGGGCUCAAACAUGUCUCAUCUGCAUUGCCUCUGUUAAGAGGAACCAAGCUGUUUGGAGUUGUUUUCGUUGUUAUUGCAUAUUUCACAUGCCAUGUAUUCAAAAGUGGGCAAAAGACAGCAUUUUCCUUGUAUCCUCAGUGCUGGAUGAUGAUUUUGGAAAAAAAGAUCAUCCAUGGCCAUGUCCUAAAUGUAGGCAUCAGUAUGAACAAUCUCAAACUCCGACAAGAUACUACUGUUACUGUCGAAAAGUUGAAGAUCCACCACAAGACCCUUGGCUUGUCCCACAUUCCUGUGGCCAAGUUUGUGACAAAGAAUUUAAGCCUUUAUGUGGCCACAAGUGUCUUCUUUUAUGCCAUCCUGGUCCCUGCCCACCUUGUCCAAAGAUGGUCUCUAUAACGUGCUACUGUGAAAAGGCUAAAGCACUAUCCAGGCGAUGUAGUGCUAAGGGAUGGUCCUGUCAACAGCCGUGUGGUCGUUUGUUAUCUUGUGGACAGCAUAAAUGUGAACAUUUAUGUCAUGCAGGCAAUUGUCCAGAGUGUCCUCGUGUCAGCUGGCAACGAUGUUUGUGUGGCAGGAAAACAGCCGAGCAGCUAUGUGCUAGUCCUCAAUGGCAAUGUGAAGAGGUGUGCAGAAAAACUUUACCUUGUGGUCAUCAUACAUGUGAGCUGGUCUGUCACCGUGGGGCUUGUGGAAAUUGCCCACGAUCAGGAUUCAGGGUUUGUCCAUGUGGAAAAUCAAAAUCUGCACUGCCCUGCACAGAGGAUGUACCAACCUGUGGUGAUACAUGUGAUAGACAAUUAGAUUGUGGCCUACAUAGAUGUUCAAUGCGCUGCCAUCGAGCCCCCUGUGAGAUCUGCCGACAGGAAGUUGAAAAGCAAUGUCGCUGUGGGAAGCAUGUGAAGACGUUGUCUUGUCAUAAGGAAUAUCUGUGUGAAACAAAAUGUGCCAAAUUGCGGGAUUGCCAAAGGCAUCAGUGUAAAAAGAAAUGCUGUUCUGGCAAUUGCCCUCCUUGUGACCAAAGCUGUGGUCGAUCUCUUGGCUGUAGAAAUCACAAGUGCCCAUCAGCCUGUCACAGAGGUACUUGCUACCCUUGUCCAGAGACUGUAGAAGUUAAAUGUAAUUGCAGUGCAACUGUUAUAAUUGUACCUUGUGGCAGAGAACGUACUACCAAGCCUCCAAGGUGUAAAGAGCAAUGCAAGAAGCCAUCCACAUGUCAUCAUCCGAGUAGAGAGAAACACCGAUGCCAUUUUGGUCCUUGCCCUCCAUGCAAGCAGUCUUGCCAAAAUGCACAAACCACAUGUGCUCAUCUUUGCCCUGAACCAUGUCACGAUGAAGUGCUGGUUAAACAAAAAAAUCCUUGCCAACCCACUGGUCCUUGGGAACGACGUUCUGAACCAGCCUUCAUUCUAACUACGAUCCCUUGCCCAUCCUGUAUGGUUCCUAUUCCCACGGCUUGCCUGGGAAAACAUGAGAUAAGCCCUUUACCUUGUCAUGCGGCAAGGCCAUUUUCCUGUAAAAGACUUUGUGGACGGCACUUGUCGUGUGGAAAUCACACCUGUGCAAUAGAAUGCCAUGCAGUCACUACAGCGGAUGGAGGUGAUGAACAAAAGGCUGGUAAAGAAUGUCAGAUGUGUGAAGAAGCGUGUAGCCAUCCUCGGCCACCUGGUUGCAUUCAUCCGUGCACUCAGCCAUGUCACGAAGAUACAUGUGCUCCAUGUUCACAGAUGAUCCGAACAAAAUGUUAUUGCAAGAUGGCAACCCUUUAUGUGGAAUGCACAAAAAUGACUACAGCUGAUGCUAAAACUAAAAUUUGCCUUAAUUCCUGCAAAAAUCAAUGUCCUAAGCAGUUGUUAUGUGGACAUCGGUGCAAAGCAACCUGCCACCCUGGUAACUGUCCAGAGGGCUGCAACCAGAAAGUGAAGAUGAAAUGCCCCUGUAAGCGGUUAAAGAAGGAAAUACUGUGCAUGGUGGUGACUGAGGAGCAGGUCCUGGUGGAAUGUGAUGAUGUCUGUCAGGAAAUGAAGCAAAAGGCAUCUGAGAUGAAAGAAGCUGAAGAAAAAGCAGCUUUUGAAAAAGAAAAAUUGAAACAGCAGGUGGAAUUAGAAGCCUUUGAGAAAAGACUAAAAGGCCGUCGUAAGAAGAACAAGAGACGGGAUGCAGUAGAGACGAAAGAGACGGCUUGGCAGAAGUACAGGAAAUACCUGAUGAUCCCUAUCUGUGGAAUUGUUCUGGCAAUGCUUGCAUUUUAUCUAUUGCAACUCAAUUGAUAAGAUAAAAAGUCAUGGUAUGGCCAUAGAUAAUUAGGAGGCAGAAAUAUCUAUUUAAGAACUUUUUCUAAAAUUACAGAAGGAUGAAUCCCAUGCAAGGAUUUUUUUAACUCAAAUUUCCUCAAACCCUACAAAGAUUUGAAAAUAUCAGCAUUCAUAAUGUUAAAAAUGAUUAAUGCAUGUGGUAGUUCUUAACUUGAAUUUGUAUGAAAGCUGAGGUAACAUUUUUUGUCUACUUAGAUAUGUUGUGAUAAAAUUUCAUUGAAAUCUUGAGCAAGCGGCUGGAUCAUAUUCCUACACAUAUGGAAAUUAAAUUUGUUGCAAAAAAGGCUACUUAUAUAAAUUAUAUUACAGCUGUUUAUUUUAUUUCUUCCUCUGAGAAUCUGUGUUUAGACUGGCCAAUUUAAAAUAUCCAAUUUGUUUUCUUUGGCUAAUAUAGCAUUUUUAUUUUUUAUUCUUUCUGUUUACUGUUCAGUGCAAGUGCAAUCAAAAAUAAUUAUUGUCAACGUAGAUGACCCAAGCCAACUAAAAAUCUGUAAAUUGAUAAUCUCUCCUUGAAUUAUCGUUGUGAUUUGAGAUCAAACGAAUAGUUGGGAUUCUUUUGCACAGUUCGCACAGUGCUUUGAAUGAUCAAAAUACAACAACAACUUGGAAAAUAAAAAGCUUUGAAACAUGGAUGGUAUUUUUCAAGCAUGUAAUCAUUUAACAUGUAUGCCCAUGUUGGCAAACUACCAAUUUAUCAUGACCUUUGUUUCACCAUCCAAAAGUAGAUUUUGUCUUUUAGAUCAGUGUUAAACUUUGUAUUUUGAUCCAUUGGUUAUGUAGUUCUAUUUACUUUUUAAUUAGUAAUUUGAAUAUACCAUUAAUUUAAAAAUAAUUCAAAAAUUGCCUAAAAGCAGACUGUAAAUUUGUAAUUUCUGCAGGAAAUUACUGGUAAACAUCAAAUAAAGCAUUGAGGGUAUUUAAUUAAGGAAAACUCAAAUGGUUUACAUUGUGAGUCAUAUUGUAUGCCCUGAACUGGAAUUUAAUGGCAUUCUGCUAAAUGUUACCUUAUUUUCAUUGAUAUGUGAUUUAUUUGUUUUGGAUUUAUAGCAGUAAUCUUUUCCACUGUACUGAGUAACUUUUGUUCUGCAGAAUAAAACUGAAGAUAAUCCAUUUACUAGAAAAGUGGCGUAAAGAUCCUUUGCAAUGUAAUCAGUUUCCUUGUGCAUUUUGAUAAGGUGUCAUUGCAGACCACGAGGAAGGAGAGCUUUAUAAAUGUCUGAGCUUUCUAUCUACUAAUUACUAAUUUCUGUACUUGAUUCUGUUAAGAAACUAAAGCUUUUUUUGAACUUGUACAUCCAUGAAGGAUUUUACCUUGAGGUGUGUUAAUAGGUUUUCUCAUAUUUGGAUGCAAUUUUCUUGACGUACGAAGAUUGAAUGAGAAAUAUGUUGUGAAGUUGUCAAGAAUUGCAAGCCACUUUCAGUUUUUAAUUUAUAAAAUCAAUUUUUUCCACUUUCCAAACUUGUUCAUUGAAGUUCUUUGUAGGGUAUCAUCACCUAAAUUCAAACUAUGUAUUCAGAAUACUAGAAAAUGUUUAUUGAGUGAUCUUGGCACAUUUGUUACAGUCUCCCGAGUACAACCCAUACAAAUACUAAAUUUGGUUAAAAAAAAUCUUUGGAUAAGCCUUCCUGUUUAAUCAAACUUGUUAAUUAACAGUAAUCAAUAAACAAAUUCCAGUGCUUAACCAGGCUUGGG